CAACUUUCUCUCGUUUCUCCGGCAAUUUUAUAGGCCAAAAUUAUUUUUACUUUGAACCUAAAGAUAGAACCGGUGAUUUCUCGGAAGUGGUGCAAGAGUUGUAAGUUACUAUUUAUAAAUCUCAGUCAAAACUAAGAGAGACGACUCGUUUUAUUAUUUGUUGUUUGUUAUCGCUACCGGUACCGCGAGUUGUAGCUUUAAACUCACAUUGAACAUUGGGAUGAUCAUGUUUUGUAAAGCAAAAUAAAUAUCUAGUACCCAUAUAGAGUAACUAGAUUUAGGCUUACUAAUCUUAGUAAAACAAACCAGAGUUUUCAGCAAAUUGACAGAUGACCUAGACAACAAUGAGCAGGAAAACACCAGUUGAGAGAGCGAACUACUUCUUCUGUGUCAGAGUGACCAACCCAGCCAUCCAUAAAUCCAUCCAAGAUGCCUUAGAUUGGAUACUAGAUAAAGACCCUCAGUAUACUGACUUCUGUUAUACUAAAGAGAUGUUACAUGUGACACUUUGCGAGGUUAAACUAGACACUGAUGAAGAGAUAGAAUGUGCAAGAAAAGUUCUCUUAGACCUUCAGAAAGACUUAGAGAGUAACUUGCCUAAAGAGAAACUAGUUAUAAAAGGAAUGACAACAUUCUUUGAGAAAGUUUUAGUUGCUGAGGUGGAAUAUGAGCAACAAUUCAGGGUGUUUGCUGAUUUACUGAAGUCAAAGCUCAAAGAUGCUGGCGUCAAAGUCAUAGAAAAUCAUGACUUUAGACCUCACUUGACAGUCAUGAAAGUGUCGACCAUGAGGGCCAGGCGAGCCAAAGUGGCCAAAAUCAACCCCUGGCUGUACGUGCACCUGAAGACGACCCCCUUUGGGGAGCAGGGAAUACACUCCGUCCAUCUGUGUAGGAUGGGCUACGACAGACGGGACGACGGAUUCUACGUCACUCCGGCAGAGAUCUUUUUUGACCAGGAUCUGGACUGAGAGAACUAAGCCAGUGUUUCUUUCAGGUAUCUCUCCCACAUCUCUCCCACAUC